CCCAAUUCUUUUCCCACAUGUAACUGCUCAUAAUCACUUCUUAUACAGUUGGUUUUCAAGCCUAAGUAUAAGGGCGUGAAGAUUAAACAAACGUAUGUCUUACCGAUAUACGUACACCAGUCUGUGCUCGGGUAUUAGUUUGCGGGCGCAUCAUCAGAUUGCAGCAUCCUUAGAAGCUGGGCUUAUCCAGCGGCAUGUCAAUGGAUGGGCGUGGUGGGAAAGAAAGAGCAAAAUGGACAACCACCAUUAUUAUCAGCUCAUCUCUUAAGAGUAAUGAAAUUGCAACUGCCCUAGAAAGUCGAAGCCACAAGGUUCGGUAUUCUGACACGUUGGAAAGUGGAUCGAUUGUAUUCUCUCUCUCUGGAGUUGCAUUUCUGUUGAUGGAUGCCAAGGCGUGCAUGACAUCAGCUGAGGAAGUGUUUCUAACCAAAAUCGAGAAGUUUAUUAACAUUCACCAAAAUAGUUUUUUGGUUCUAUUUGCCCCACUCCAUGGACCUGAAGAAAGGAAUCUCAUGUUCAGGAUUCAUCAGAGAUUCUUGGGCAGUAAUUUACGAAUACUUCCAGUACACAACACAGUAAAUGCUGUUGAUCUUAUGUGCACUGUAGCUAAGACUACCUCCAAACCACACAUAGACAGCAUCUGCUACAGAAUGAUAACAACUAAAGCUUACAUCAUAGAGCAGAGCCCUGUUUGGAGAACACUUCAAAAGAUAGAACUGAGUACUGACUCAGUGAGUCCAGAUUCACAGUAG